AUGUUAGACUUUGGGUAUUUCCUUCGUAUGUACUUCCUGGCGAAUCAAUCCAAAGGGAAGAAAAAAGAUGGAGAUUUGUUUGGUGAUUAUAUUAUUAACGGCCAAUGCUGGUUAAAUGAUCUUGAUUUGUAUUGGCAUAUGAACAAUUCCCGAUAUUUACGUGAAUGUGAUUUUGGUCGUACAUCGUUGUUAAUCGAAACCGGUCUAUGGCGAGCAGUGGUCGAACGACGAAAUACAAAUAUGAAAGAUGCCGGUCUGCUUGUCAGCGCGCUUCAAGUGCAAUAUCGUCAAAGUAUUGAACUGGGUGAUAAAUUUCAAAUAGUAACGCGUCUUCAUGGCUGGGAUGAUCGUGCGUUCUAUUUUGAGCAACUCAUAAUUCUCGAAAAGAACAAGCAGACCGCUUUUUCCGUAUUAGUUCGCACGGCACUCACACCGCGUGACCUUACGCCACAAAUGUUGGUCGACGAUCUCCAACGCGGGUCGAUUCAGUCGCCGAAAUUUUCACCUGAUGUACAGAUCUUCGCAGAUAAUUAUAAAUUAAACCUUCAACCUUUGAAGUCGAAGCUUUGA